AUGAAAUCAAAUCGUUUUGAUUUAGUUAUUAUUUAUAGAAGUGGUGAAACCAAACAAUUUCGUAGGAAUUAUACUCGACAUCAACUAUUAGGAUUAGAAAAAGAAUUUCAUUUUUCCAAAUAUUUAAGUUGUCGACAACGUACUGAAAUAGCUCAUUCACUUAUUUUAUCUGAACGACAAAUCAAAAUUUGGUUUCAAAAUAGAAGACUGAAAUGGAGAAAAGAUUGUAUAUUAUCAAAUACAAAAUCAACAUUAUCCGAUACAUUUCCAUCUGCAACAACAUCAUCGCCUAAUCUUAUAAAAAAAGAAGAACAGGAUAUCGAUCCUAAUAUAAUGAAUAACUAUAUAAAAGAAGAAGCUUGUUCAUCAACAUCAUCGAAUUAA